AUGGAUUCGCAUGACAAGCUUCGAAUUGUUGUGGUGGGCGAUUCCGGGGUGGGAAAAACGUGUCUAGUCCAUAUUCUAUGUCAUAAUGAAGUAUUAAGAAACCCUACGUGGACCAUUGGUAGUUCGGUCGAAGUAACGGUAUGUCAAUCAGUUCAAAGCAAUAACGGUUUCUUAUUUGUACGUUUAAAUUCUAUCAAUGAAAUAAUAAAUCGUGGAAUUCUGGCAUUACAGAAACACAUUCAUACACGGACAAUGAAACCAUAUUUCGUAGAAUUUGUUGAUGUUGGUGGAUCAACUAAACACCCGUCAUCGCGAAAUAUGUUUUAUCAUCACGUUGAUGGAAUCAUACUCGUGCACGAUGUGAGCAACAGGAAAUCCUAUUAUAAUUUAUGGCGGUGGAUUGCCGAAGUGUUGAAUUCUGAUGCGUUUAAAGAGGAGGGAGAACGGGUUAUGAAUGGAAGCAUGAUGAGCAUGAGUGGUAGUAGUGGAAGUGGAAGUGGGUUCUUGGUCAAUUCUAAUUUAAAAGAAUAUGAUUUCGAGUUACAGAUAGGAGAUAGAAAUCUACAUGUGCCGAUAUUGGUAGUUGGCACGAAAGCAGACCUCGUAAAGCAAGAAUUAACCGGUCGACAAAGACGAUACAGCAUUGUUGAUGAAUAUGGAGGUGAUUGUGUUAACGUGUGUACAUUAGCACCCACGCAUUUUGCACGAGGUUCAAUAGCCGCCGAAAAGAUUGACGCAUUUUUCGACACGGUGAUUGACAAGAAAUUUCAUCAUUUACAGAGUCCUGCGUUUGCCACCACCAACAGCAAUACUUCGAGUACAAUCGCUUUUACGUCAUCGUCAUCAUUAGGAAAUAAUGCACGAGAUGAUUAUCGAAGACGAACGUUAAACAUAUCAACGGCGGGGGUUGCUGCUUCAUCUUCAUCUUCGUCUAAUAACAAUAAUAAUGUUAUACUUUCUGGAUUAGGUAGUCCUGGAUUUUUGAGUAAAAGUUCAGCGACGGCUAAUGGUGUUGGUAUUUCACAUCCUAAUCGGACGGAUAUCUCACGAGAUUUUAGUAGCCCGUCAAAAAAAACAUCUUGGCAUGGAUUCAGGAAUUCAAAUACUUUCAACAUGAAUCAAUGGCAACUACAACAAGAAUCACAACAAAAAUCUCGUGUUAUUUCACCUCGUCCAUCCUCUUCGCGUGUUUUUACCUCUCAUAAUAAUGGAAUAUUACGUACACCCACACGAACCACUAACUCUACUAAUACUAACGCUACGACUACUCAGUCAUCUUCGUGGUAUAUGAAUUCUGGUGAUGGUGGUGAUGGUAUGGAAGAUAAAUAA